AUGCUCGAUCACGACGACAGGCUCUUUGCCCCGAGCGGCGACAUCACCCCAGGCGGCCCAAGCACGUGGCAUGUCAUCGACUGGGAUCAGCGCCGCCUGGUCUCAGUGGUCAUGGAUGAAGAGCUCGAGUCAGAAGAUCCAGCGUUCGAGCAUCUUCUCAAAUACAUCGACCAUCUUCCGCCAGACGUCUACUCAAUCCAUGUCACCUCCGACGGCGACCUCAUCUCUGCCUCAGCCGACCCGAAAGACGACGAAACCAAAUGCGUGUUCCGCCCACCCGUGGAGAGCCUCCAGAUUCCAGACGGCAUAGAAGUUGUCUCUCGUCAAGACCUCGAGGAGGUAGAUCGAUUAGGCCCCAACGUCGACGUAGUUGUGCGCCCACAAUCGGCUGAGCCCACCAAGCAGCUUGUUUUCAAGUACUAUUUCAUGUUUCAGAGCUAUAGCUUUAUCUGGCAUGAGGUGAGCCUCUGGAUGCGUCUUCCUAAACACCCCAACAUUGUGCCAUUCGGCAGUGUCGUUGUGGAUGAGAUCGAGGGACGCCUCGUGGGUUUCACCUCGGUAUUCAUCCCUGGCGGUACCUUGGAUGAAAACAAAACGCGCUGCUUCAAGCUCAAGUGGCUUCACCAACUCAUGGCUGUUGUGGAUGAGCUUAAUUUGAAAUAUGGCGUUGCUCACCAAGAUGUCGCGCCACGGAAUCUUGUUAUAGAUGAAGCUUCUGAUUCGUUGAUGAUAUUUGAUUUCAAUUUCUCGGCCCGCAUUGGACGAGGAGGCUAUUAUGAAAAUCGCAACGAUGUCAAGGGAGUCAUUUUCACCAUGUACGAGAUCAUCACUCGCAAUGAUCGUCAUCGCCGUGUGCACCACGACAAACAGGAUGUCUCUGUCAUUGAAAAAGAAGAAUGGGUAAAGCACCCCGAAGUUCUUCUGGACCACCCAGUGUCAGAGUUUCGCGCGGUGCUCGCUGCAUGGAGCGAGAAGCGGCGGGCUGGGACGCAAAUCACGAAGAACACGGAGGCGACCGAUCCCUUGGAGUGGCCUCCUCUGCCGGACCCGGGCUUUACCGAGAUGAAAUGGGAAAUUUCGGGUCGUGAACACAAGCGGAUGAUGAAACUCUACUUCUGGAAGAGGAGCGAGUUGUUAGAAAAAGGCCAGACCGUUUUGAACUGGCAACGCUGUCCUUCCAAGGAAUUCCAGGCUUGGCCCCUGGGUCGGAAAAUUCCCCAAGACAAGAUCAAAAGGCCUUCAACUUAG